CGCCUGACCUACCGGUAAUCAUGUUUGACUUCGAACCUCCUCAAUGACGGUUUUUCGACAUCUUCCUUUCCAUUCACGGUAGUAAUUGAAAGUCCUGACCCAUUUAAAUAGGGCUCGCCUGGACUCUCCGAAAAAGACUCCCAUUCCAACUCCUCAUCUGGACAAGUGCAAAUUGAAGCUGAUCUAAAUGAAACUCACGGUGUCUUUCAUGCUCAGUUUGAGCUUUUGCGCAGGCUUGGCUGUAGCACAAAUCCUGUCCCAAUGUGCCACUGCGUGCGUUUCCCAGGCAGCGGUGAAGGAUGGUUGUGUUAGCUUCACGAACAUCACUUGCGUAUGUACAAGUGCGCAAUUCCAGCAGGACGCUCUAUCCUGCUUGACGGCGGAGUGUUCUUCGUCUGAUUUAACCACGUUGGAAGGGCUGCAGGCACAAGAGUGCGGGGCCAGUGAGUGCCCUAUCCUUGUUUUCGCUGACGUUCAACACGUAUACUUACGUUCUUAUGAUUUCCCUUACACCUAGUGCAACUUUCUGCAACUGGAACACCUAGUGACACCGCGACGUUCACCGCUUCGGGCAUCAGCAGCGGCAGUGGAACCAGUCUCAGCAUCCCAAGCACUUCGGGAGCUUCGAGCACCACGA